AUGUCUGAAAAGCCGAUUCGUGUUGGCCAGCGUGUAGAAGUCAACGGCAAAGAUUCCCUAGGGACGGUAGCCUUCGUUGGCAGCACACAUUUCUCGCAGGGAAAGUGGGUAGGCGUCAUUCUAGAUGAAAAGAAGGGGAAGAACAAUGGCUCAGUGCAGGGAAAGUCAUACUUCCAGUGUGAUGAUGGUUUUGGUAUAUUUGUACGGCAAAGUCAGUUAGUCCCCUUAGACACAGAGGAAGAGGGUGAGGAUGGCUCUGUUGAGACCACUCCAUCCGCCUCUUCCUCUGCAACGACACCGGCCAGUGACAAACCCAAGUCCAGCUUGAAGCGGAAGGUAGAACCCACGAGUCUGAAAAGGAAACCAACGGGAAACCCUGUACCACAAAAACCAGACCGACUGAGGUUGCCCAUUGGCAGCACUGGUAAAAGUGGGGCUUCGCGUGAUGAGAGGACCCCGAGCAAGGAAUCGUCACCACGGUCCGACAUGAAGAAGACCUCGUCGUUUGUUGAAACAAACUUUGUGGAGACGUUAACACCCCAGUACACGCCUGGGGCCCCAUCCAGUGCAAUGCAGACCCUUGAGGACAAGAUGGCUGCCAUGCAGAUGCAGCAGGAGAUGGAGAAUCUACGAGCAGAAAUACGGGACUUGAAUGAAAAGUUGGAAACCCUGAGAGUGAAACGUGCUCAGGAUAAAGAGAAGUUGAAAGAGAGUGAAAAGCUGAAGCUCCAGUUAGAACAGCUGUUAGAAUUCAAGUCCAAGAUCAUGGAAUCUCAGGCCCAGUUGCAGCGUGAGAUGCAGAAAGCCAAGCAAGACGCCAGGGAGGCAAUAGAGUCCAAGGACAAGCACAUGGAGGACACCCAGGAGCUGACCGAGAACGUCGAGAUGCUGACCCUCGACAAGGAGAUGGCGGAGGAGAAGGCCGAGACGCUGCAGCUGGAGUUGGACCAGGCCAAGGAGAGAAUAGAAGAGCUGACACUGGACCUGGAGAUCCUGAAGACAGAGAUGAGUGGUGGUGGAGGCGGAUCCCCAACAGAUGGGGAUUCGGAAGCAACAACCUUCAAAGUCAGGCAGCUUGAACAGCAGAACAGCCGUCUGCGAGAAACGCUAGUCAAAAUGCGUGACUUGGCUGCACAUGACAAGCAUGAACUCCAGAAACUGCAGAAGGACAUGGAGACCAAAAAGACAGAGGUUACAGAACUCAACCGCACUCGGGUUAAAUUGACAUCACAAGUUGCUGAGUUGGAACAGACAAUAUCAGAUCUACAGGAACAGGUCGAUGCAGCUCUGGGCGCAGAGGAGAUGGUGGAGACGUUGACCGACCGCAACCUCAACCUGGAAGAGAAAGUGGCUGAGCUGCACGAGACAGUUGCAGACCUCGAAGCUAUCAAUGAUAUGAAUGACCAGCUCCAGGAGAAUGCCCGUGAGUUGGAGCUUGAGCUGAGGGAAGAGCUCGACAUGGCCAAUGGAAAGAUCAGGGAGGUUAUGAGGGAACGUGAAGCUUCCAAUGAGAUUAUAGUGGACCAGGAGUCAACCAUUAAGAAGUUCCGCGAGCUGGUCCAGAAGCAGCAAGAGCAGAACAUUGAGCUGCGUCAGGCACUUGAGAAGGAGACCAACAAGCCAAUUGCAACUCCCUCAGAGAUCAUUGACUUCAAGAAAAUGUUCAUUGAAACAAAGGCUCAUAGUAAAGCCAUCGACAUGGAACUCCGUCAGCUGGAGGUUGCUCAAGCCAACCAACACGUGGCUUACCUUACUCAGUACAUGCCUGAUAACUUCAUGACAAGGGGAGGUGACCAUGAUGCUGUGCUUGUGCUGCUGCUUGUGGCCAGGAUGGUGUGGAAGGCUGAAAUUGUCAUUGGUGGCCUGAGGGACAAAUAUCCAUCUCCGGAAACCAUCGACAGGAACACGGUGCUCAAGUCUCAUUCAGUUGAGCAAUUUGCCUUUGCCUCACGCCUUCUGCAGCUUCUGUAUGCACUUCAGGCUCUGCUGCACCAAUAUGAACAAGUGCUCAAUACAUGCAACGUAGAAGUGUUCCUUAAGCUAGGAACCUUAUAUGGAGAAAUGGCUUCCCACGAGCGUAACAUCGACUUCUACGUUGACCUUCUCAGGAAAGACCAGCUAGAUGAAAAUACACCAAUGGAUGCCUUGGAGAAGACUGUUGGUUACUUCUCAACAGUGUAUCCUGCUCAUCUUGCUGCUGAGAAGAUCAACCAGUCUCUCUACCUGACUGAUGUGGCAAGAGUGCUGUCCUCAGGAACUGAUGCUGCUGGCACAUACAGCUCAGCUAUCCUUACUAUGCUACAUCCUCAGCAUGAAUCAUCUGAUGUUGCCUUAGUGUGUCGUGACAUUGUGAAUGCCAGUAAGGACAUCCAGGGAGCUGUUAAGAGGAUACGCCGAAGGAUGCCACAGGAUGGGUCUGUAGGACCCCUGAGCUAUCCCCAGGAUGUACAAGAGGCCCUCACCAGCGCAAUUGCCAACAUGAAUAACUCAACGCGGGCCUUAAGGCAUGUGAGCAAAGCUUGUCAGCAGCAGACUUCACUAUUAGCAGAUAAUGAGAACGGCAUCUUGGGUGAUAAACUGAAGGAGUUCAUCCACCAAGCCACAGACCUCAUUUACGGCAGAGAAGACCUGGGACCAGAGUCACUCAGGUUAUCCCUGAGUCGCACCCAGAAUGACAUAAAUCGCAUUGCUAACACUCUUGAGAAGGGAGAGUAUGACUUUGAUGGGUCUGUCGAGGAGAGGACUGUUCAGCCAGUGGUUCUGAGAGCCCAAGCAUUGAAGGAUGAGAUGAAGGACACCGAGCACAUCAAAUACAAAUUAGAAAACAAGGAGCAAGACCUCAAGGACCUGAAGCUCACCUUGAAGCAGAAGAAUGAGGAGCUGAGCGAGAUGACUGCGAGAGACUUGGCCGAGAAGAAGCUGUCAACGGCCACCAGAGAUUCUGACCUCACCAUUGAGAAGCUGCAGAGGAAGCUAGAUGACACUUUGAUGAUGCUACGGCGUAAAGAAAAGGAAUAUGAUGAAACAAUGGACCAUCUCCAAAGUGACAUUGAGAGCUUGGAGACAGAAAAGGGUGAACUUCGUGAGAAACUCAAAGCUCUCAACAAGAAGACUUUGUAUGAAGCUUUGUCCAAAUCUUCUCCUUUGACUGGUGGCGUUUCUCCUUCCUCUCCCACAACGCCCUCCGCAGCAGGGGGAGCUCCGACAGUGGGUGGUGGAGUUGUGCGUGACUCCCCCAUGCUCCUUCAGCAGAUCACUGACCUCCGCACAGCCCUGAACCAUGCAACUGCAGCUGCCCACUACAACACGGCUCAUCGCAUGCAUCGCCAACUUGCUGCACUGAAACCUAUCAAGAUCCAUCACCUUGGAUCUGGCGAGGAGAAGAGAGACAAGACCAAGGAAGAGGCGGUUGCAGGGGAGAAGAAAUCCAUGGACCAUAUCAAUCAGCUGACCCGUCAAGCGUCACACAUCCAGAAGGAGGUGCACAACAUGAUCACAGGUGUAGAAGUGGUGGACUUAAGCAAGCGCCGGGCAGCCACUCUACCAUGCACAGACCUUGCUUCCCCUGCUAACCACCUUAUUAAUUAUAACAACAGGAUCAAUAAUUUACGUUCACAAAUAACAUUACUUCAGGAUGAGAUCACAAAGGCAGUGGCUAUGAUGAAGCCAGGAGGAAGUGUGGAGACAGCCCUUUCUACAUUCCCCUCACCACAGCUAACCAAAGCAAUGGGUGAACAGGACCUGGUGUGUGUGGGCCGCUUGAAGGUACCCUCUUCCACCUCUACUGAGUCCUCCAAGGAACCCGUUCCUGUUAUCCUCCAGCCAGACCACCUCAAGAAGCUUCAUCUGCGGCUGUUAAAGUAGUGUGGAGUUCGGGUCUCAUUUCCAAAUAUCUUACCAUAUAGAACCACUGUAAUGCCUGCUUCCAUCAAGUCUUUGGGUCUGGUAUGUUGACCAGUGAUAUGAGGGGAAAAAAAUGUGAUAAGAGAAUGUAAAUACAGUGUAUAAUUUAAUAUUUUUGCUUACAAUUUAAGAAACAGAAGCAUUGGUAUGGGAAGAGUGUGACGUAUAGCUUUCUGUUUGGAGUGGAGUGUUGUUAAGGAAUAAACGCUUAAUGUGAAAUGAUAUUAAAAGAAGGAUCAUCUGCCUGGCUUUCAGCAUUUUGAUUAUAAAGAUUUAGGAUUUUUUUUGUGUGUUUUUUAUCAGGGGAACUAAAAUACUGUAAUAGCGUUUAAUUUUUUUUCUCUGAUUUGAAAUUGUAAAUAAAGUUAAUUUUACAAACAGAAAUUAUAGGUAUUUUAUACAGUAGUCAGGCAAAUUUAUUAUAGGAUAUUUAUGCAUUUUAUAUUUAUGAACCAUGCUUUUAUUUAUGUGUAUGAAAAAUAUUUCAGUGUUGUAAUAUUGAGAAACUGUGUAAACAGUGUGCCUAUUUAUUUUCAAAUGUUCCAUGUUUUCUUUGCCUUAAGAGUUCACUUGCAUUAUGUAAAAUAAAUUAGAACCAAAUAAUUGAGUUGUGACUAGUUUUCACAUGUUAUGUCAUUGAUUUGCUUCUGAGAUCAGCUUGACUGUUAACCAUAAAAGUUCCAAGGUAAGUGUGUGCCAAGACAAUGUUAUAGGAAGCCUUACAGUUUGAGAGCAAGUGCAGCUUGGAUAUUAUAAUUUUGAAGGUAGUACUAUGGCAGCUUGUUGACAUGUACAUUGUCUUUAUUUAUUUUUUGGUAUUGUUAUCAGAUGUUUAAGGGCACCAGUAGAUACUUCAAAAAAAAUAAUGAAUUAGUAGAGUGAUCUGCUUCUAGCUUGAUGUGCAAAAUUUUUUAAUUGUUUGAAGCAACUGGAAUAUUCAUUAGAAAAGUUGCAGCUUCUAAAUCAUUUUUACAUUCACUGUAGUGUACCAUGGCAAAAAAGAAUAAUGUGCAGCUGUUCAAAAUGUGGAAUUGAACACCAAUGUAAGUUGCAUAAUAGGUAUGCAGUGGAAUGUCAGCUUUAGACAGUAAAAUAGCCUCAAAGUUUUAUUGUUUGCUUUUCCAGCAGUCUUUGUUAAAUAGGUCAUUGUUUGCAGCCUUCAGUAAUAUUGAAUCUCCUUGAGAACUUAAUGGCAGGAUUAUCAGGUGCCCAAAACAAAUAGCAUUAGUGCUGCAAAGCAAAAUGCAUUUGCAGACUUCCUGAAUUUUGGUACUGUGUGAACUUUAUGCAGAGAGCAGUGAAGGAGAGAUCAAGCACAUACCCACAUCUGGUUGGUUCUAUAUCAUGUAUAGAAAAGCAAGUUCAUGGUGGUGGGUAUGCACAAAGCUUUAAUCUUUAGCUUAUAAGCUGAAAACUUAUUUUCCCUUUUGUUUUCACAGUAUUAACAGGCUUUUUAAUUUUUAAUAUAAAAUUGUAUGCAGUUUCCUCUCCAAAGUUUGUAAUACAGCAGAACAACUGUGGCCAGAUCUGCACAAACUUUCUUUCAAAAGCAGUAUGUUUCCUUAAUGUACCAGGUGGAUUUUCUGAUAUUUUCAUAUUCUAAUGUACUUGAUGUUUAGGAAACCAAAGGUGUCACAUUUUCCUUGUUCUUUGAACCACAGCAAACAUAUUGAAGAUAAUUUUAAUCUCUCCCAUGUGCUAGUAUGUAUAAGCCAGGCAAAGCAUUAUUAACUUUACAGUAAAAAAAAUCACCAAAAAA